AUGCAGCCCGUUAAAAAAAGACGUCUGCGAGAAAGACAUGAUAGUGAUACCUCAAGUGAAGAAGAGCAAACUGCACUACCAGAUAUUAAAGAGGAUUCCGAUGGUCUGGAAGAGUAUGAAAAAGAAGAACUAGAUCGUGAAAAGGACAUAGAAGAACGGGAUGCUUUUGUAAAGCGGUUGAUUGAUAAAGAUCAAGGAAAAACCAAGAGAUUGAGCGGUCCAGGUGGGCGGGAAUAUGAUGAAGCUCUACGGAAAGUCGAGUCGGGGGAAAUGAGCAAGAAGGAGCUCGUUAAUGAGUUAAAGAAAGCUUCACGACGGAACUAUUUGAAAAAGCGUCAAGCAGAUAAAUUGGCCGACCUCAAGGGUGAAAUCGAAGACGAGGAAUUAUUUUUUGAUAAAGAAGAAUUGACUGAGCGUGAGCUCGCCGAACUAAAAUAUAAACAGACUCUUCUUGCUGUUGCGCAAGCUCAUCAGCAAGCUGGAGAACUGGAAAAUGUAUCGAGAUAUUUCAUCCCAACAGAGGAUAAGCGUCCAGACGACAAAUAUAUGGAAGAAGAAAAAGACAAAGCUGCUUAUGAUGAAGGGAAGCGUUGGGAGCAGGAACAUCUUUCAUCAGCUCUGUAUUCUUUCGGUGCUCGAGAUAAAAUACAAAAACAGGAAAAAUAUGAAUUAGUUCUCGACGACGAAAUUGAUUUCCUCAAAGCCAUCACACGCCCAGGUGCCAAUGUCGAAGAGGAGCAAGAGGAAGAAGUAUCUCCGGAAGAUGAGCCAAAAAAGAAAAUUGUCGAUCGGCGGGCAGCGCUGCAAGAGGCCAAACGUUCUCUGCCCAUUUUCAAGUUCCGCGAGGGUUUACUGCAAGCUAUCGCAGAUCAUCAGAUUCUUAUCAUUGAGGGUGAAACUGGCUCUGGCAAAACCACACAAAUUCCGCAGUAUUUAUAUGAAGCGGGUUAUUGUGCCGAUGGGAAAAAGAUUGGAUGCACGCAGCCCCGUCGGGUCGCUGCCAUGUCUGUAGCUGCUCGUGUGGCCCAGGAAAUGUCUGUCAAACUGGGUGGAGAAGUUGGCUAUUCCAUCCGUUUUGAGGACUGCACCAGCGAUCGCACUCUGAUCAAGUACAUGACGGACGGUAUGUUGUUACGUGAAUUUCUCACCGAACCGGAUUUGGGUGCCUACUCGGUGAUGAUGAUUGACGAAGCACAUGAGCGCACCCUUCACACGGACGUCCUAUUCGGACUAGUGAAGGACGUGGCUCGCUUUCGACCCGAUUUGAAGGUUUUGAUUAGUUCGGCAACUUUGGAUGCCGAGAAGUUUGCUGCCUUCUUUGACGACGCGCCGGUUUUCCGCAUUCCCGGUCGACGAUAUCCAGUCGACAUAUACUACACCAAAGCGCCUGAGGCUGACUACGUCGAAGCAGCCGUUGUCUCCGUGCUCCAGAUCCACGUUACACAACCACCGGGUGAUAUUCUGGUCUUCCUUACUGGUCAAGAGGAAAUUGAGACAGCCAAUGAGUUGUUGAUCGAACGAACCCGCCGGCUGGGUAGCAAGAUUCGUGAAUUAUUGAUUUUACCAAUUUAUUCAACUUUACCAUCAGAUAUGCAGGCAAGUUUUGCUGAUUUGUUUUAUCAACCUUUGUGUGAUCAUGCACGCAUUUUUUCCCCGACCCCACCCGGAGCCCGGAAAGUUGUUCUUGCCACAAACAUCGCCGAGACCUCACUCACGAUCGACGGAAUUAUUUAUGUCAUUGAUACCGGAUUUUGCAAACAAAAGUUUUAUAGCGCUAGAUCGGGUAUCGAGUCCCUCAUCGUGGUCCCAAUAUCGCAAGCUGCUGCAGACCAACGUGCUGGCCGAGCCGGUCGGGUCGCAGCAGGCAAAUGUUUCCGGUUGUACACAGCUCACGCAUACCGGACCGAGUUAGAACCACAACCGGUACCAGAGAUUCAGCGUACCAAUCUGGGCAAUGUUGUGCUCCUACUCAAGUCCUUAGGGAUCGAUGAUCUGUUGCAUUUCGACUACAUGGAUCCGCCGCCUCACGACUCACUGAUCAUGGCCCUGGAACAACUGUACGCCCUAGGUGCACUUAAUCAUCGCGGAGAAUUAACUAAAAUGGGUCGCCAAAUGGCCGAAUUCCCCUGUGACCCAAUGCUCUCAAAAAUGAUACUGGCUUCAGAUAAAUACAAAUGUUCUGGCGAUGCGAUCACCAUCGCUUCCAUGCUCUCUGUGAACAAUGCGAUUUUCUACCGACCGAAAGACAAAGUGAUUCACGCUGAUACUGCACGAAAAGGUUUCUUUCAUGUGGCCGGUGAUCAUCUCAUGCUUCUAAAUCUUUUCUGCAUCACCUGUUGUCUCCAUGUGCCAACUUGUCCAGACUUUUCAACUCAUUGGUGCUACGAGAAUUUUAUUCAAUAUCGAACCAUGAAACGGGCUCGGGACAUACGUGACCAGUUUGUCGGAUUGUUGGAUCGAGUAGAAAUCGAGCUGCGCGACAAUCCGGGCGAUCAUAUCAAUAUUCGAAAAGCAAUCACUGCUGGAUUUUUUUAUCACACCGCUCGUUUCACCGGGAACGGAUACAAAACUGUAAAACAAAAACAAACAGUUCAUCCACAUCCGAACAGUUGUUUGGUCGAAGCUUUGCCCAAAUGGGUCAUCUAUCACGAACUGGUGUUCACGACGAAAGAAUUCAUGCGCCAAGUUGUGGAAAUUGAACCCAAAUGGCUAUUGGAAGUUGCCCCGCACUAUUACAAAGAAAAAGAGAUUGACUAUGGAACUCAGAAGAUGCCAAAAAAUAAGGGCAAAUCCAUGGCUGAACUCGAGCCGCGUGAAGGUCAAUAG